UCAUUUCCCAGAGUUUUGUGUUUAUUUGCUUUUGAAAAUCGUUUUGGUCACUAGGCUUGGAAUGCCUUUGGAAUUCUUCUCAUUAAGAGCAAUGGAACUUUAUUUUUCCCUUCCCCUAACGGCUCCUUAUUCAGCCGCGCUUCAGGGAGGGAGCCCCAGAGGGGCAGCCCCGGGGCCCGCGGAGUGGGUCUGCGGAGGCCACAAACCAGUUUCCGCAUCCCCGCGACACCCCCUUGAGGUGCGGAGCUGCCGACCAAUCACAGCCAGGAGCCGCCCGUGGCUGAGGGGCCGCCCGGCCCAUCCUUCCGCCCUCCCGCCUGCGCACAGCGCCACCCGACCGGUAGGAGGCGGUCUCGACCAGCCGGGGAGUUCGUGCCUCGCCGCGUCUCGCUCCGUGUCUCCACAGCCCUCGCCACAGCCGACAUGGUGGAAGCCGACCGUCCAGGGAAGCUCUUCAUCGGAGGCCUCAACCUCGAAACCGACGAGAAAGCCCUCGAGGCGGCGUUCGGCAAGUAUGGCCGCAUCAUCGAGGUGCUCCUGAUGAAGGACCGGGAAACCUCCAAGUCCAGAGGCUUCGCCUUCGUCACCUUCGAGAACCCCGCGGACGCCAAGGCCGCCUCCCGAGACAUGAAUGGCAAGUCCCUGGAUGGUAAGGCCAUCAAGGUGGCCCAGGCCACCAAGCCGGUGUUCGAGAGCAGCCGGCGCGGGCCCCCGCCUCCCCGCAGCCGCGGCCGCCCGAGGGGCCUGCGUGGGAGCCGCGGCGGCGGCGGCCCGCGGCGCCCUCCCUCCCGGGGCGGGUCGGCCGACGAAGGCGGCUACACGGGCGAUUUCGACCUGCGCCCUUCCCGGGCCCCGAUGCCGCUGAAGCGCGGGCCACCGCCGCGCCGGGCCGGGCCUCCGCCAAAAAGAGCCGCGCCGUCGGGCCCGGCGCGCAGCGGCGCGGGAAUUCGCGGGCGGGCCGCGGGCUCGCGGGGGCGAGACGGCUGGGGCCCCCCGCGCCGGGAGCUGCCGCCGCCGCGCCGCGACCCGUACCUGGGCCCGCGCGACGAGGGCUACUCGCCCCGGGAGAGCUACUCGAGCCGCGACUACCCGAGCGCCCGGGACCCGCGCGACUUCGCGCCCUCGCCGCGCGACUACACCUACCGCGACUACGGCCACUCGAGCGCGCGCGACGAAUGCCCUUCCAGGGGCUACUGCGAGCGCGACGGCUACGGGGGCCGCGAGCGCGACUACGCCGAGCACCCGAGCGGAGGCUCCUACCGAGACCCCUUCGACGGCUACGGCGACCCGCGCGGCGCCGGCCCUGCCCGCGGCCCGCCGCCAUCUUACGGCGGAGGCCGCUACGAAGAGUACCGCGGCUGCUCGCCCGACGGCUACGGCGGCCGCGACAGCUACCGCAGCGAGCGCUACUCGAGCGGCCGCGAGCGCGUGGGCAGGCCGGAGCGCGGGCUGCCGCCGUCUGUGGAACGAAGCUGCCCGACUCCGCGCGACUCCUACAGCCGCUCGGGCCGCCGUGCGCCCCCCCGGGGAGGAGGCCGAGUGGGAAGCCGCCUGGAGCGAGGGGGAGGUCGGAGCAGGUACUGAGGCCGCCGGGGCUCAGGACUCACGUCCGAAGUCAAGAAAAGAAGAAUCAGUUUCCUGGUAACUCACCCAAGGACUAGUGCUAAGAAGAGUUGU